GCUCAUAAGAAAGCUCUAUUUUUUCCCCACGUGGAUGAUUUUUUGAUAGUAAGGCGCAUAUUAUUAUUUCACAUUAAAUAUAAUAUUCAACCUUUUUUUGGAAAGCAUGGAUAGAGAAAGAAAAAAAGCAUACAUGUGUGUGGUGGAAAACGCUUAAUAUCAGAGUGGAGAUUUAGGUAGUAAAUUGUAAGGUGCAUAGUGUGUUUGACUGUGACAAAGUGGCUCAGUAACCUUAAGGCGUGAUGGCAACUGUAACACUAGGAGGAGUGUAUUAGUGCAACACUGACAUUCACUGUGUGGACCCUGAAUGACACACAUGAAGUGUAUGGAGCUCCAGCUGAUCUAAUUGACUGCUUUAGGUCGUCUUCAGAUUUGUAGGCCGAUGGCUUUGACCUUUGUCCUGAUCACGCAGCGGAGACUCUAAUAUCACGCUUCAUGCCUGCAAUCUCAGCAUGGAUCCGUCUGGGCCUAAGUACUUCACUAUUAUUGAUUAUGUGAUAUUUGCGUUGUUGUUGGUGGCCUCCAUGUCCAUCGGGCUGUACUACGCCUUCACCGGAGGACGCCAGAGCACCACGCAAGAGUUUCUGUUCGCAGACAGGAGUAUGAAGUGCCUGCCGCUCUCUUUGUCUCUCAUGGCUACCUUCCAGUCGGCUGUGGCCGUCAUUGGCACGCCGGCUGAAGUCUAUGCCAAUGGCACGCAGUACUGGUUCAUUGGCUGCUCUUAUAUUCUGGGUCUCCUGAUACCAGCACACAUUUUUAUUCCUGUGUUCUACAGACUGCAUCUCACCAGUGUUUACCAGUAUUUGGAGCUGCGCUUCUGUAAAGCCGUCCGUAUAUGUGGCACUGUUACAUUUAUUUUUCAGAUGGUCAUUUAUGUGGGUGUUGGAAUCUAUACACCUGCUCUUGCACUGAAUGCAGUUACUGGUUUUCAUUUAUGGGGAGCAGUACUGGCAACUGGGUUGGUCUGUACUGUAUAUACGGCACUGGGUGGGCUAAAGGCAGUGGUCUGGACCGAUGUUUUCCAGACAGUAGUCAUGUUUACUGGUCAGCUAGCCGUCAUCAUUGUGGGCGUUCAGCAGGCUGGUGGUCCAUCUGAAGUCUGGGUCAAAGUCAGGGACGGUGGACGCAUCUCUGGCUUCGAUGGUGUAAUGGUACACAGAAGUCACGGUUCAAUACGAGUUCGCCUGAAUCCUGACCCAACGGUGAGACACACGUUCUGGACGUUAGGUGUUGGAGGAGUGUUCCUCAUGCUGUCUCUUUAUGGAGUGAACCAGGCUCAGGUUCAGAGGUACCUCAGUUCUCGUACGGAGAAAGAAGCCGUCAUGUCCUGCUAUAUGGUGUUUCCAUGUCUUCAGGUGGCUUUAAUGCUCAGUUGUCUCAUGGGGCUGGUCAUGUACGCUUGCUACGGAAACAACAGCCCUUUAGAACAGCAGUACAUCAAAUCCAAAGACCAGAUGGUGCUCUACUUUGUCAUGGACAUGUUACAAAACUUCCCUGGACUUCCUGGAUUGUUUGUGGCGUGUUUGUUUAGCGCAUCUCUCAGUACAAUAUCCUCAGCGUUUAACUCACUGGCCACGGUGACCAUGGAAGAUCUGAUAAAACCCCAUUACUCAAUGACGGAGGCCAGAGCCACUCUGCUGUCAAAGAUGCUGGCCCUAUCAUAUGGGAUUAUAUGUCUGGCUAUGGCUUAUGUCGUCCAUUUGAUGAACAGUUCAGUUCUUCAGGCUGCUCUCAGUAUCUUCGGGAUGGUCGGUGGGCCACUGCUCGGUCUGUUCUGUCUCGGCAUCUUUUUCCCAUGUGCCAAUAGCAUUGGAGCUGUAAUAGGUCUUGCUGCAGGUCUGCUCAUGGCUUUCUGGGUUGGCAUUGGUGGUUUUUUGGCUCGGAUGUCCAGUUCUGUAGUUCCUCCAUUCAACUCUACCAACACAGUAGCAGCCACCCCUGACAACAUCACCAUCACAGCCGUGACUGCAGUCAUAGAUGCUGCCAGCAGACCCGUGGGGCUGGAUGGCUUCUACUCUCUGUCGUACAUGUGGUACAGUGCUCUCAACUCCUCCACUGUGGUGCUUAUAGGACUCAUUAUCAGCUUCAUGACAGACCAAGACGGGCCAAGCCCCAUAGAAGCUUGGGGCAUGGACCUAAACCGGCGAGGUAUAUAAGUCUUAAAGGCCGCAGACCGCACCUUCUCCUCUCUGAACUUCACGACCACCGCCUCAACAGAUGUGCCAAAAAAGCUCAGAUGGCGAAACUGGCGCAACGAGGAGAAAGUUUCUCUGUUUCUCCCCGAUGUCUGCCAGGUUCACCCAAAGAUGAUGCUCCAUAGCCAACAUGGCCACCAUUGAUCGGUUGAUCGCGGCAGCAGUUUUAUUAGUGGCAUGGAAAGCAAGGUCUGUAGUGCGGCGCAGUUCUGCUACCACCUCAGGUGGAGCCCCUGAACCUGGUCCAGGUCUUUCAGCAGAUCGGCCUGGUAAGCCCUGCAACACAGCCAUUGUGUGCAUACUGCGGCGUAUGCUUUGACAAUCAAGCCUGACGUCACACGUAGUUAUUGUUGUGUUUUGACACGUGCUUCAGACACUGGUCAUGCCGGAGGCAAUCCGCAUUAGCUUCCUAGGACACAGUGUCUCGUUCCCAUUCGAAAAGGAAUCUUUUUGUAAUGUGUUACCAUGAAGCUGAAAUAAAAUAAAAUAUAAAUAUUAGAUGACAAACUUAAACAAAUAUUAGAAUUGUUGCCUUGUCAACUAACUGAAAAAGUUGAAUUUGUAACAUUACUAGGGCUGUCGAUUUAAUGCGUUAAUUAGAUUAAUUAAUUACACCCCAGACAUACGUAGGUCAUCUGACAUUUCAUACAGUUGAUUGAUGAAGAAUAUGAUGCAGGUCAACAACUUACUGCAUGAUGAAGCCUAUAGAAUGUAGUUAGAAUGUCCCUAAAAUUCAAGAUAUGGGACAAGAAAUGCCCCUGUUUAAGUUUUUUUCUCUUAUUUACAUCAUAUGUGAUGUAGUUAAGCUAUAUCAUGAGAAACAAGUGCAAUAUCACGCAAGUGCUGUUUUUCUGUCCAGAAUAGCACGAGUGCAAAUGUGAUACUUGUAUUAUACAACAGUUUAAUAAAUAAAAACUUAAUAUUGUGUUAUUAAGACACAAUAUUGUCUGUUUUGCUCACUUUUGCCAAUGAAAAUAUAAAGACAAAGCAGAACUGUCUCUGAGCAACACACAGCGGCAUUUCAUUUCUGAAUCCGUGUUUUGAACGAAUCGGCAUGGUAUGACAUCAGAGUACCACAAGAGCGAUUCAAAAGCAUACGGAGCCAUCUGCUCGCUAAUAUUUUGAUGUCAUACACCAAUUGGUCUGUGCAGCGCCACUUCAAGUCCAACAGGCUUAAUGAUUCAAUGGACCAUUUGUAAAGAGAACCAUUUACUUCACUCUUGAAUGAAUCAGCCAUUUGAACGAAUCGAAUGAAUGAAUGACUCAAUGACUUAAUUAUUAAGACAUUUACAGUUUUAGUUUCUUAUUUAGAGUAUAAUUUCAUUAAAAAAAAAAAUCAUUUCAUAUUUCUAUAGAAAAAAAAAAAACAUUAAAAGAACUUUCUCCCAAAAAUGAAAAUUCAGUCAUCAUUUACUUACCCUCAUGGUCCAAAAGAGAAUAUGUAAUAAAUUCUAUGUUGAAUCAAAUAAAAUAUAUGUCUUGCUGAAGCUAUUUUUAUUAAUGUGAUGCUUUAGACAAUAAUGACUUAAAAUUAUCUUUUGGGAGUAAUUUCUCAGCCAAAUUUGAUCAUGAUGUACGAUUCAUUUGCGAUUAGUUAGAAUAAUUAAUCGCUACAACAUGUAAUUAAUUAGAAUUAAUAAAUUUAAUCGCUUGACAGCCCUAAACAUUACUAAAACUACACCUGAAAUAAAUUUAAAUUAAAGCUAAAUAGAAUUAUUAAAAAACCUGAUAAAAAUAAAAAUGACAAAAGAACAUAAAAUUGCUAAAAUUAAAAUUGAAAAUAUAAAAAUAAAAGCUAAUUCAAAAUGUUAAUAAAUAAUGCUAAAAUAACACUGACAGAAACAUAACUGUGAUAACCACCUACAACAACCUAGCAUCGUCGUGUUGAGUGUUACAAUGGGCAAGCACCAUUCAUAAAAUGUAAAAAAACAGAAUAU